CCCACGUUUCACUUUUGCACAAGAUUCAUUACGAUCGACAAGUGAAAACCAGCAAGGUGUCUUUUUUAAAAAAAUUAUAAUUCCCAUUUGAUAAAGAAGAAAACUACAAUUCCGAAAAUAUGCGUGAGUGUAUCUCUGUGCACGUCGGUCAGGCUGGUGUCCAGAUUGGCAAUGCCUGCUGGGAACUUUACUGUCUGGAACAUGGGAUCCAGCCUGAUGGGCAGAUGCCCAGUGACAAGACCAUUGGAAGAGGAGACGAUUCUUUCAAUACCUUCUUCAGUGAGACAGGAGCAGGAAAGCACAGUCCCAGGGCCAUCUUUAUUGACCUGGAGCCCACAGUUAUCGAUGAGGUGCGCACUGGGACCUACCGGCAGCUGUUCCAUCCAGAGCAGCUGAUUACUGGGAAGGAGGAUGCCGCCAACAACUACGCCCGUGGACACUACACCAUCGGCAAGGAGCUUAUUGACGUGGUUCUGGACAGGAUCCGCAAACUGGCGGACCAGUGCACUGGUCUCCAGGGCUUCCUGGUGUUCCACAGCUUCGGUGGAGGCACCGGCUCUGGUUUCACCUCUCUUCUGAUGGAGCGUCUGUCUGUGGACUACGGCAAGAAGUCCAAGCUGGAGUUCUCCAUCUACCCGGCUCCCCAGGUGUCCACUGCUGUGGUGGAGCCGUACAACUCCAUCUUGACCACCCACACCACCCUGGAGCACUCUGACUGUGCCUUCAUGGUGGACAAUGAGGCCAUCUAUGACAUCUGCCGCAGAAACCUGGACAUCGAGCGUCCCUCCUACACCAACCUGAACAGGCUGAUCAGCCAGAUCGUGUCCUCCAUCACAGCUUCUCUCCGUUUUGAUGGCGCCCUCAAUGUCGAUCUGACAGAGUUCCAGACCAACUUGGUGCCAUAUCCUCGUAUCCACUUUCCCCUGGCCACCUACGCCCCCGUCAUCUCUGCAGAGAAAGCUUACCACGAGCAGCUAUCAGUCUCUGAGAUCACCAACGCCUGCUUUGAGCCAGCCAAUCAGAUGGUGAAGUGUGAUCCCCGCCAUGGCAAGUACAUGGCCUGCUGCCUUCUGUAUCGUGGGGAUGUGGUGCCCAAAGAUGUAAACGCUGCCAUCGCCACCAUCAAAACCAAGCGCUCCAUCCAGUUUGUAGACUGGUGUCCCACUGGUUUCAAGGUGGGCAUCAACUACCAGCCUCCAACUGUAGUUCCUGGUGGAGACCUGGCCAAGGUGCAGAGAGCUGUGUGCAUGCUGAGCAACACCACUGCUAUUGCAGAGGCCUGGGCUCGUCUGGACCACAAGUUCGACCUGAUGUACGCCAAGCGGGCCUUUGUUCACUGGUACGUGGGGGAAGGAAUGGAGGAAGGAGAGUUCUCUGAGGCCAGGGAGGAUAUGGCCGCUCUGGAGAAGGAUUACGAGGAGGUUGGAGCUGAUAGUCUGGAGGAUGAAGAUGAGGGAGAAGAAUACUAAACAUGAUUACCCAAAUAAUGUAAAUGCAUGGUAAAUCAUUUAUUUUAACCUUGCUAAGGAUCAGGGGAAGCUGCAGACGUGCCUAAAGCGAAGUGUGUAGUUUCAAUCCCUCGAAUCGCACAAAUUUAACAUGUCUUAAUAAAUGUCUUUAAUAAAUCCAAAAGAAAAUAAGAUCUUUACCCUAAAGUUGUAAUAAUGUUUAAACUGAUUAAAAAUAUAUUAAAAUUGUUAUUAACUUAAGGAAAAAAGUGUUUCUUUUGUCUGUCUGCGAAACCUACAGUCAAAACAUAUCUUUUUUUUUUCUUUUUCCAUAAUUUACACUCCGAGCUGACACAGACACAAUAACUGAACUACAUGGAUCACUAAAUAAUUGUAGGGCCAAACUGCUGGUUUGGAGAACAAAUAAUUUGUUUUGAACCUCAAACAUGAGGACACAAUGUUGUCUCUGCAAAGUUAAUCAUCUAACAUGACUUUUAAAAGGAAUGCAAUAACAUAACUUUAGCGUCUUUAUUUUUCACAUAUCUGUUUGACCUUAUGCACCAAAAUUGAGUGAAAUUAUGGGACCUUGACGUAAUGCAUGAGCAAGAGGACUGGUGGGUUUUAUAGGUGAACAUGUCUGCAAACCUCACUUCCUAAAUAAGGAAAGAUGCCAACGUGUCUGUUUCUCACACCCUUAUCUACCAUUCCUGCUGGAUUAGAAGUCUUCAGUAAGAACUUGAAAUUCAGAUGGGAGAACACUUUUAUUCUUUUCUCUAUUGUCUUUUUAACCCAUUCUAAAGGUAAAUAAUAGGUUUUCUCAUUACAUAGAAGUGCAUUUUCUUUGAAAGAGGAGAUGUAUUUGCUUCAAAACUAAUUUAGCAAAAAAUACUUCUUUUUUUUUAAAUUGAGACUUUAUCCCUUUAAUGAAAACCCACAACAGUUUUUCAGAUGCAGUAAAAUAUGCAAAAAGGUUAGAGUGACUAUAGAAUUAAGUAUUUGUGUCAUCUAUGUUACUAUGGAAACCAAAUGACAUGAUCUGUAGAGAGACUAUCCUGUUUUUUAGGGACAGAAUCUUUUAUUUGGUCCGUUUUGAGGUUUGAGGCCGCUGUUUUGUUCACAUGUUUUUCUGAUGCCUAAUUAUGUCCUAUCUGUUUCUGUGUUGUAUUCUUUUACAAAAUAAAACCCUAAAAGUUGUGA